AUGAAUAACCAAGAAUUAUUUCGGUUAUUUAAGCACUCCAAGUUGGCGCAGGUUGCUUUACCAUUGAGUAAAAAUGUCAGAGGACCAAGCACCUCAUCACCCACGCAUCAAAUAAUCUACACCCCAAAAAGCAGUGCAUUGAGGUCUGACUAUGGAAUGAAAACAGCUUUACCCAAACAAGUUGGUGUGUCACACAUUGCCUUCAAUGAUAUUGACAGUGCUAAAAGUAUGCCUGAUGUAGAAAAACGUGCUGGGCCGCUUUACACAAGAUUGCGUUUUCAAGAGUCCGAAGUUGUUUUAAAAAAGUCAUACAAUAAGGCAAAUCCGCUUUUUGCUUGGGAAGAUUCAAAAUCAUUGCAAGGAAUAAAGUCGGAUAUGCCUGAAAGUAUCGCCACGCAACUCAACAUGAACCGAAAUGCCUCGCUAUUGGAUGUGAAAAAGGCGAUGGCUGAAAAUCCAGAAAUCUAUACCAAUUUUAAGCAGUGGGUACUCGAGAAUAGUCCUGAGUCUUUCAUGUUAAAAGUCCCAUCGAAGUUUGAUGCUCUUCUCAAGGAGUUCUUCUCGACAUCUAAGUUUGUUAGAAGGCGGGAGAAUUCCUUGGAAGACAUGAUCAAGCCACAAGACAGGUCAAAAGCCUCGGGUGCUAGGAGCAGCGUACAGGGUACCGCUGGUCUCUCUUACCUUCAAAGAGGUAGACUCAUAAACUCACCUAAUGGAAUUAAACACGGAAGCAUAGUGCCUGGUAGACUUCUGGGGGAGCGAGAGGCUACGAUUGGUGGCUUUGUGGCUAAUGUCAAUGAAAAAACCACUUUGUUGCAGGCUAAUUACGCGAAAAAUUCUCCCGGGAAACAUCCCAAACAAUUUGUUCUUCCAUUCAAAGUCAAUGAAGCCGAGAUUACUGCGAAUGGAUCUGUGAGAUUACAAGCUGACGGGGUCAAAGUUGGCUCAUGGAUGCUGAGAUCCGAUUUGGACAGUGAUUCCGACAGAUACCCUGCUUCAAAUCCAAACUUCGGAAGCUUGCCAGAAAGAAGUCAGAAAGAAUUCUCAUUCUUGGAGAAUGUUUUGGGGUUGACACCAAGAUCUAGAAGUUGA